AUGCCAACUCGAAUCCCAACCUCAUCCGACUUUCCCUCCUCCCUAACAUUCACCCUCACCCCACCACCUCAGAGCACACCGAACCGACCGCCACCCAAUAUUCUUCUCCUCCUCCAUGGCCUCGGCGAUACGCACACGCCAUUCACAAACCUCGCAUCUCAACUUUCCCUUCCCGAGACAACAGUACUGACAAUCCGCGCGCCGAGUCCACUCCCCUUCGAUCUGCCCGGGUUCCACUGGGGCGACGACAUCAAUUUCGACUCACGCAGUGGGGCGUUGGACAUGGAUGCGGGAUUUGAAAAGUCUACGAAGCUACUCUUGAAUACAGUGAUCAGAGAUGUUCUUGUCAGCAAGUGCGGGUAUAGACUACAGGAGAUUCUGAUUUGGGGGUUUGGACAGGGGGGGAUGGUUGGACUUGUGCUUGCUCAGACACUGAACGAGCAGUCCGAAUCUGGUUUUGAGCGAGGGGAACUGGGCGGAAUCAUUUCAGUAGGGGCUCCAUAUCCCCUCUCACUGACCGGAAAGGUCCAGAAUGAUGGGACGGGGAAAAGCCGGACGCCUAUCCUGCUGGUUCACGGACGGGACUCGGAAGUCGUGACGGAGUCUGCGGUGAAAAGGACAAAGGACGUCUACAGUUUCGUGGAGGUUCAUGAAUAUAGGAGGCGCGGGGAUACGAUGCCGCGGAGCCGGGAGGAGAUGAUACCAAUAAUGCGGUUUCUGGGAAGGAGGUUGCGCAGUUGGCAGGGUGUUCCAGAGGGGGCAGUGGAGCUUUCCUGA